GCUUUUAAUUCUCAAAAUUACUUUUCAUUUUUCUUUUAAAUUUCUCUAUUUAUCAUACCUUAUGUAGAUUUUAUCAAUUCAAUGUAUCUUUACUUUCUCCCGUUACCACCUUCAAAAGAACUUAAAUUCAUCCAUGAUCGCAAUCUUAAUAUUUUCUCUAGUUUUAUUCCUAUCAAGUUUCUACAUCAACUUGAUAAAUAUUUUUAUAAACCACUCUUAUAAGCCAUCAUCUUAUUUCCAUUUUCAAAUAAUGAACAGAAAAUUAGGUCUAGCGAGUUUUCAAAACAAUGAGGACGAAUUCUCUAAAAUAAGCUCCCAACUCAUCCAACAACAAUCAAAUUUGCUAUCUGAUCAAUUGAAACUAUUUCAAGAAAAUCUAAUCAACUUUGCCAAAAAGUACAAUAACGAAAUCAAAAAUAAUCCCGAUUUUUCAAGAAAUUUUUAUAAAUUAUGCCUAUCAAUUGGUGUUGAUCCAUUGGCUGCAAGCAUAUCAGUUAAAACCACCACUACCACCAACACUAAUACCCAUCAAAAGAAAAAUUUAUGGUCAAAUUUAAUCCUUAAUGAUAAUGAUGAAGAAUUCUAUAAUGAACUAUCCGUUAAAAUUAUAGAAAUUUGCAGACAAACUUCAAAUCUAAAUGGUGGUUUGAUCUCAAUUAAAAAUUUAUUAAACUACUUAAAUGAUCCAAGCAAUCCAAACAAAAUUGAAAACUUGGUCGAAAAUGAUAUUAUAAUAUCAAUCAAUAAAAUUAAAAUAUUAAACCCAAAUUUCAAAAUUAUUAAUAAUGGCAAUGAGAAUUUAAUUUCUUCUCUGUCAAUAGAACUAAACAGUGAUCAAAAUCAAAUUUUGGUUAUUUGUAAAAUCAUUAAAUUUGUGACUGUGAGAAUAUUAAUGGACAACUUUAAAUGGUCAAGAUUACGAUCUCAACAAGUGUUAAAUUCAAUGGUGGAAAAGGGGUUCUUAUGGAUCGAUACUCAAGAUGAUAACGAUCAAACUGCUUAUUGGGAUCCUUCUUGGAUUUAGUCUACACAUGAUUUCAAAGCUCAACUGGUUUAUUAUUCAUCAAUGAUUAUUAUUCAUUAUUCCCUAAAAAGCAAAAAAAUAACAAUAAAAAAACAAUAAAAAAAUAAAAAAUAUUUCCAACAAAUG